GCUCGGAGCUUAACCGCUGCUUGGCGGGCCUCGGCGGCCCGGCGCACGCCCCAGCUGAGCGAAGAUGGUGGGCCGGAACAGUGCCAUCGACGCGGGCGUGUGCGGUGCCCUCUUCAUCGGGUACUGCAUCUACUUUGACCGCAAAAGGCGGAGUGACCCCAACUUCAAGAACAGGCUUCGAGAACGAAGAAAGAAACAGAAGCUUGCUAAGGAGAGAGCUGGGCUUUCCAAGUUACCUGACUUAAAAGAUGCUGAAGCUGUUCAGAAAGUCUUCCUUGAAGAGAUACAGCUUGGUGAAGAGUUAUUAGCACAAGGUGAAUACGAGAAGGGUGUGGACCACCUGACAAAUGCAAUCGCUGUGUGUGGACAGCCUCAGCAGCUGCUGCAAGUGUUACAGCAAACUCUUCCACCACCAGGGUUCCAGAUGCUUCUGACCAAGCUUCCCACCAUUAGUCAGAGAAUUGUAAGUGCUCAGAGCUUGGCUGAAGAUGAUGUGGAGUGAGCCAGAUAUCAACACGAUAAAAUCUCAGUUAAAAAUGAUUUAACCAUUAGCUUGGAAGCUGAUCGGCUCUGGGGAAUAAGGGCAAAUAUGCUUGUCAUGAACUGUCCUACACUGAAGUCUACCAAAGUGAAUAUGUACUUUGAGUAGAUCCAUUGUUCUAUUUAUUUUUUCCAGUGAAAAUUAUUUUGAUAGAACUUUUCAUUUUAUAAAUACACUGAGUUAACCAAAAUAUCAUAGAUUUCGUUUAUUUUUAAGACAUGCAAUUCAAAUGUAAAUACAGUAGAGUCUUAGGUAAAAACUCACAGUGAUGAAUUUUAAAACAUUGGAAGAGACUAUGGAGGGGAGUUGAAUAAUGCCCAUUUUUUAAAGGCUCUAGUACAUUUUACUGUAAGUCAUCAAAUUGGAUAGAAACUUGUGUUUGUGAAAACUGAGCAUUAAAAUCUUGCAGAGACUGAAAAAAAAA